AUGUUACAAAGAGUCGCACUUUCUCUGCUUGCCCUUGCUGGCACCGCGUUGGGCGCGUCGUCUGACUUCCCAACCAUCGAGGUCGCAGGUAACAAGUUCUUCUAUUCCAACAACGGAUCGCAGUUCUACAUCAAGGGAGUUGCCUACCAGAAGAACACUGAAGAGCUUGACGAUGAUUCCAACUAUGUGGACCCUUUGAUUGACGGAGACCUCUGUAAGAGAGAUAUUCCUUAUCUUGAAGAACUGCACACCAACGUAAUCCGUGUGUAUGCAGUCAACGGUUCUGCCAGUCACUCAGACUGCAUGACCCAGCUUCAAAACGCUGGAAUCUACGUGAUUGCCGACCUGUCGUCUCCUGAUCAGUCUAUUAUCACUACCGACCCUGAAUGGACUACAGAUCUGUACGAUCGCUACACCAGUGUGAUUGACGAGUUCCAGCAAUACGACAAUGUUCUCGGCUUCUUUGCUGGUAACGAGGUUAUCACCAAUAAAACCAACACCGAUGCUGCUCCUUAUAUCAAAGCCGCUAUCAGAGAUAUGAAAUCCUAUAUUAAAGACCAGGGUUACAGAGAUAUCCCAGUUGGAUAUUCUGCCAAUGAUGACUCCAAAACCAGAGUUUCUUCUGCUGAUUACUUUGCCUGUGGUGACGAAGACGUCAAGGCCGAUUUCUACGGUAUUAACAUGUACGAAUGGUGUGGAACUUCGAGUUUCGCAGCGUCCGGUUACAAGGAUAGAACUGAAGAAUUUGCCAACUUGUCUGUUCCAGUCUUUUUCUCUGAAUAUGGCUGUAAUGCAGAGACACCAAGAAAGUUCACCGAGGUUGCGGCUUUGUACUCUGACGAUAUGACUGAUGUCUGGUCCGGUGGAAUUGUUUAUAUGUAUUUCCAGGAAACCAACGAUUACGGUUUGGUAUCUGUUGAUGGUGAUGAUGUUUCUACUAUGGCCGAUUUCAAGUACUUGAAGUCGGAAUUGGGUUCCAUCUCUCCAACCUCUGCUACUCAGUCUGUCGUCUCAGCUACUGCUACUCAGAUCGAUUGUCCUGCCACUGGAGCCAAUUGGAAAGCUACCACUGAUCUUCCUCCAACCCCAGACAAGGAUGUUUGCAGCUGUCUUUCUGAGAGUCUUUCGUGUGUUCUUGACAGUUCUGUCAAAUCCAAGGACUACUCUGAUCUCUUUGGAAUCGUCUGUGACAAAGUGGACUGCAGUGCCAUUUCUAACAAUGCCAGUGCUGGAACGUAUGGCUGGGUUUCAUUCUGCUCCUCGAAGGAAAAGCUCGAUUAUAUUUUGAACUUGUAUUAUGAGGAAAAUGACUCCGACUCGUCUGCUUGUGACUUUGACGGAAGUGCCUCCUUGCAGACAGCUUCUUCAGCUUCGUCCUGCUCUGCAGUUUUGGCCUCUGCUAGCUCUGGAGCCACUGGAACCGGCUCUGGAGGAGGCUCAGGUUCUACAGGCUCGGGUUCCUCGUCCUCGUCUUCAUCAUCGUCUUCCUCGUCGUCAUCGAGCUCCUCAAAGGGAGCUGCCAACCUGGUUUCUCCAUCUCUCUCUCAGUCAGACUACUACGUUAUGAGUGUCCUUGGAACCUUUUUCUUCGGCGGACUUUCAUAUCUUUUUGUCUAA